AUGGCCCCUUCGGCUGGUCAAGAUUUGGAGCUCGGCAGCCAAAAUGGGCCAGUAGAGCCCGUGGGCAAGCUGUGGGAUUCUCCCAUCCAGCAGAAGGUGGGAAACGCACCGCACCAUCUGAUGCGUGCGUACCACCAAACGCAAAUCUUCCGCGGUUGCUCGCGUUUGACCCACGCCCUGCCGCCGAAACCAACGACAUUCACCCUUCAGGUGGACUUCCGUUUUCGCGACGUGCGCUAUAGCGUAGAGGUCUCCCAAACAAAGGCGUCUCUGAUGGGGGGCGAGGCCGGCGUGAAGCAGAUCCUGAAGGGCGUCAGCGGAGGGGUGGAGUCCGGGCAGAUCUUGGCCAUCAUUGGCUCUAGUGGAGCGGGCAAGACAUCCCUGCUCGACGUGCUCGUCGGAAAGGUAUCAGCCGGCACGAAGGGGCUGGACAUCACGGGAGAGGUAACCGUCAACGGCAAGACGAUGUCCAAGUCCUUUUUCUUGGAGAACGCCGCUUACGUUCCUCAGGAGGAUCGCCUGUGGAGUGCUCUCACAGUUCGGGAAAACCUGAUGUUCGCGUGCAAGAUGUACAGCCCUGCGUUGUCUCGAGGAGAGUGUAACAAGCGCGUGGACAAGGUGCUCGCCAGCUUGGGGCUCGAGGGAUGCCAGCACAUUAAGGUCGGCAACGUCUUCCUGAAAGGCGUUUCCGGCGGUCAGAAGCGGCGCACUUCAAUUGGCGUCGAGCUCGUCGUCCAGCGCAAGAUUCUCUUUCUCGACGAGCCGACGUCUGGACUGGACGCGGCUUCUGCCUCCGAGAUCAUGGCGUUGCUAAAGCACCUGGCGUCUGAGACCGGUGUGAUCAUCAUCACGAGCGUGCACCAACCAUCCAGCCGCGUGUUCAAUAGUUUCGAUCAGGUGAUUCUGUUGACGAUGGGGCAGACGGCCUACUUCGGGCCGGCGGUGGACAGCCUCGACCAUUUCGCUAGCUUGGGGCACGAGCCGCAGGGCCUGGUGAACCCGGCAGACUACCUUCUAGAGAUCACCAACUCCGACUUCAGCGACAAAAAGGCCGUGCAGCGGCUUGCCGAUGUGUGGAAGGAGACGCCGGCAUACCGAGCGCUAAACGCCCGUAUUGAAGCACCCCUCUCUCCGCCAUUGACGGAGGGAUCAAAGGCUGGCUGGUUCUCCGCUACCCUGCAGCUCCGUGAGCUUGUCGCCAGGGCCUCGAUGAACAGCGUGAGGGACCCCGCCGCCUAUGCCCUGAGGUACUACCAGGUGGAGAACACCCAGGAGGACAUCCUCAACCGGGUGUUUCUGAUCCUCUGGAUCAACGCCUUCAACUCGUACAUGGACAUGGCGGCUAUCCCCGUCUUCGAGCAGGAGAAGGACGCGGUGAACGGGCAGUACGGGAUAGCGGCCUUCUGUGUCGCCAAUGCGGUCGUGCAAGCUCCCUUCGUGCUGCUGAUCGCCUUGUGCUGCAGCACGCCCGUGUACUGGAUCACGGACAUGAACGACGACCCUGUGAGGUAUCUCCAGUUCGUAGUGGUGAUGUUCCUCAUGUUGUUCGUCGUCGAGAGCCUGGCCCAGCUUGUUGGAGUCGUUGUCAAGAACUUCGUCCUCGGGAUCGCCGUCUUCGCCAGCUUCCUCUCCAUGUUCUUCAUCUUCAACGGGUACUCAUGGGAGGCGAUGGCGAAGAUUGUCAUCGACGGCCAGACCUACGCAGGGUUGGAUACUUGUGUCACCUGCUACGGCACGACCGGCGAGCAGGCGAGCACAACCUUAGUUGUAGACAUGCACAUGCAUUUGUUUGUGAUAGUGAGGACAAACACCCAGGCCUUGCUGAGUUCGGUGCUGGACUCGCUUAGCAACGGCGGGACGAACCUUAACGACGUGAGCAUCGGAGCGUGGUGCGGCGCGCUGGUUGGUUUGGCCUUGGGCUGGAGGGUGAUCCACUACGUGGCCCUCAAGCGUUCCAUUUUUUGA